AUGUCUGAAUUGCGUCUCCGUGAGAGGAAUACGCUUCAGGAUUUGAAAGAAUAUGAGGAAAUAAUCAAAAGAUCAACGGAGUUGGAAAAAGAUAUUCCGCCACGGCGCAAGCAUAACGAACCAUUCAAACCAGGAAGAAAGCGCACUCCAGUGAAGAUCAAAAAAGAAAAGAAAGACAAACAUUUACUCAAAAAGCCGGCUUUUAAACCUAUACGGAAGCAAAGCAUAUUUCCUCAUGCUCCAAUUCCAGAUUCUGCCUCCUUUGUUCAGAAAAAAGUAGCUACGUUUGAACAGCACGUCAUGAUACACAAUUCAUACGAGAAAAUGAUUCAGAUGGCCAAAGACCUCUCUGCAUCGAAAAAGAUAGACUUUGGCCUUCUGUCGAGGCUACUUCCCAAAAAUCUUGACAAGGAAAAGAGCAGGUACACUAUUGAAAACCGAGAAGGCGAUAAGCUAUUGUUAGAGGCAGAGAAAAGAGGAGCACUAUUCAGCAACGAUAUUGAUAUGUUUUUCAGGAAGUUAAGCGACUCACCUUUUCUCCAGGAGCCAGACAUGCAUUCAAUUCCCUUUAUUUAA